CUGAAAUAGUGCAACAAAGCGCGGUAAAAAUAUUAUUAACCUUUCUGUCAAUACGGCGGUCAGGAAGAGGAUAUAUCUCCUUUUGUGACAAACUAGCCGCAAAAGUUUGCUAAUUUUAAGAAAAAUUUACUAGACCGAAAGCAAAAAUAGAUUUAUUUCACAAUAUUCGCUACGAAAUUAACGAAACUGUUGACGUAGACGCAAGCAAUGUUUAAUGUUUGAAAGCCUCGACAAUCCGAAGGCAAAAUAGAAAAUUAUAAAUAGCAUAACUUCGUGAUUUGACGCACGGGGGCAAUAGCAAACCCACGCGAAUUUUGCAAAUAUAAAAUUCGUCCGAAAUUUUGGGACAGCACUUGAGUUCGUUUCAAUUUGAAGGAACUAGGGAUUGGUUCUGCAUUGAAACAAGGUAAGUCUGCAUUUAACUAAACUAUCUUCAUUCUCAGUAGCUCUGUCAGUUCCAAACUGUUCCACCUAGAGGUCCAGUAAGGAUCAUCUCGUAUUGAUCCAUAACUAUAUUUAUAUUGGGUAGUUCUAUCAGUUCCAAAUUGGUCUCCCUUGAGGUCCAGUAAGGAUCGUCUAUUAUUGAUCCAGUGUCGUAAACUAAACUAACUUUAUUUAUACUGGAUAGCUCUAUCAUUCUAAACUGUUCUUCCUAGAGGUUCAGUAAGGAUCAUCUCUUAUUGAUCCAGUAUUACUACAGGAGGAAACCCAAACUAACUUUAUUUAUACUGGGUAGCUCUAUCAGUUCUAAACUGUUCUUCCUAGAGGUCCAGUAAGGAUCAUCUCUUAUUGAUCCAGUAUUACUACAGGAGGAAACCCAAACUAACUUUAUUUAUACUGGAUAGCUCUAUCAGUUCUAAACUGUUCUCCCUAGAGGUCCAGUAAGGAUCAUCUCUUAUUGAUCCAGUGUUACUACAGGAGGAAACCUAAACUAACUUUAUUUAUACUGGAUAGCUCUAUCAGUUCUAAACUGUUCUACCUAGAGGUCCAGUAAGAGUCGUCUCUUAUUGAUCCAGUGUUACUACAGGAGGAAACCUAAACUAACUUUAUUUAUAUACUGGAUAACUUUAUCAGUCUAAACUAUAUACUCCCUAGAGUUCCAGUGAGUGUCAUCUCUUAUUGAUCCAUUGUUACUACAGGAGGAAACCUAAACUAACUUUAUGUGAGUUUAGUCUAUAGGUUUCCUCCUGUAGUAACACUUGAUUAGUAAUAAGAGAUUAUCCUUAAUGUUCUCCCACCAAAUCAAAUAAGAAUUGGCAAGCGAAAGUUAUCUAACUAUCCAUCUAAACAAUGUUCUGUUUUUGUUCGGUAGAAAAUGAAUUUGGUUUAUGUGGUCCUGGUGAUUGGCUCGUGUGCAGUGUGUUUUGGGAAUGCCCGCCCUGCAGAUAUUAGGGCUUGGGAUGCGGAUUCCGAAGAUUUGCAGGAAAAGCGCGGGAAUGUAGAUUUUUUGUCCAAUGACAUCAAAGCAAGGUGUGCCCCAGGCCUAUGGUGCAUCAACGGUAAACGCGAAACGCCGGUACAAAAUCCCGUGACACCCAAGCAAAAGCCCGUGAGACCGGCACAAAAACGCAAAGCUCGCGAAUUUCGAUGCAAGCCUGGUUUACAUUGCCAGAAGCGGAGCGGAAUACUGGGGGAAGAAACCGAGGAUCCGAUACGACGUUUUCCGAGUUCAGUCCGAGGGCAAAUGGCUGACUGUGUGAAGUAUUCAUUUUUGUGUCGAGGAAAAGCUUGGUCGAAACUUAAGGUGGCUCUGAACGGAGAAUGAAUUUAUGUGUUAUUUAUGAAUUUAUGAAUUGGAAUUUUACGGUGAAGAUAUAAAAGUCAUUGCUUACAGAUUUAGUGCAUGUUAGAAAAUAGAGAAUAUAUUACAUAUUGCAUUGUCAUCAGAAAAAUUUAUUAGUUAAAU